AUGGCCACAGCUCUGAACACUCCAUUGCUACUGGCCUUGACAGGCCUGCUCGCAGUCUGUGGGUUGCUUCGCAGCAGAAGCACAAGCAAGGGUACGAGUCCCUUACCUCCCGGUCCUCGUGCCAUUCCUCUUCUGGGAAACAUCCUGCAACUACCCUUGGAACAUCAACAUAAGACCUUCGCUAAAUGGGGUCAGAAGUUUGGAGACUUCAUAUUCGCUAAGUUCUUCACCACACCGGUGCUGAUUCUCAACUCUCUUGCGGUGGCGCAAGACUUGCUGGAAAAUCGGAGCUCUCUAUAUUCUGAUAGGCCGUAUUUCGCCUUGCUAAUAGACAUAGUUGGCUGGUAUCCUGCUACACCAUUCUUGACCUACGGCGACCAAUGGCGUCGACACCGAAGAUGGAUUCAUAUGUGGUAUUCAGAAAAGGCAUCGCUACUGAAACUUAGACCGAUUCUGCGCAAGGAGACUUUGACGCUCUUACUACAACUGAUCGAGACGCCCCAGGAUCUAUCGCAGCAUAUUCGAAGAUAUGCAGCUGCACUAGUUACAUCAUCUGUAUUUGGCCGGACAAUUACUUCCUGGGACGACGAAUACUUUCAGAUGACGGAGCGAGCCAUACAUGCAACUACUGAGGCGGGAAGUCCUGCCGCGACACUUGUCGACUUCGUUCCGUUCCUAAAAUACCUGCCUUCGUGGUUCCCGGGCUCGGCCCCAAUUGACAAAGCGCGCAGCGUUCGUGGUAUCGUGCGCAACAUGAUUGAUAGCCCCUAUGAAAACGUGAAGUCAGCUAUGUGUCAAGGAUCCGUGAAACCAUCUCUUGUGGCGUCCUUGCUGGAUGCGAACGCCCACCACAUUUCACGCGAGGAUGAAGAAGACAUUAAGGGAGUCGCUGCAAGUAUAUACUCAGCUGGUGUUGACACCACUGCUGUUGUCUUGAAUACGUUCAUUUUGGCUAUGGUCCUGCAUCCUCAAGUGUACAAGAAAGCACAAGAAGAGAUUGAUCGCAUCGUGGGACGCUCGUGUCUUCCAAGUCUCGAGCACAGACACUUGCUCCGCUACCUCGAUUGCAUGAUUCAAGAAGUAUAUCGCUGGAAUCCGCCCGUGCCUCUGGGCGUGCCUCAUCGUCUCACGCAAGAGGACAGUUAUCGUGGCUAUAGUGUACCGACGGGAACUAUGAUAAUUCCCAACAUUUGGAGAAUGGGUCACCAAGAAGAGGUGUACUCAGAUCCGAAAGCAUUUGAUCCAUCGCGGUUUGAGUCUUUGGAUGCGCAAAGCGGGGCUUCGAAAGACCCGCGCCAGUUCGUUUUUGGAUUUGGGAGACGGAUCUGUCCAGGAAGACACUUCGCUGAUGAAGCAGUGUGGUUGGCUAUCGCACAUAUCGUGGCGACCGUGGAUAUCGCCAAAGGUCGCGAUGCAUCAGGGAAAUUGAUUACUCCCGCGGCGCGCUUCUGUUCCGGUUUCACGAGUCCUCCGCUCGAUUUCAUAUGUUCUAUUACUCCGCGCUCGACAGCCGCUGUGAAAUUGGUUGCCGACGAGCUCGGAUCGAUGGAUAAUGAAGAACCAGGGAACAGUGACUCGUGA